GGGAAAAACACUCCAUUAGAGUCCGUUAACUGGGGACUGGUUGCCUGGUGACGACUGGCAAGCUAGUUAAAGCUGCUAACUGACCAAUGGGAGCGUUGCUCCUGCCAAGCACUGACUCAAGGGUUCCGUUUGGGGAACGGUUCGGUUCGGCUCGGUUCUGAUGGAGCUCGCCUACAUGAUGUCGUUGUUACGGAUUACAGGUGUUUUCUACCAGCUGACUGGUGUGAAACACUGAGAUCAUGGAGGAGCUUCACGACGUGCAGCUGACGGAGGUCAAACCUCUGCUCACAAGACAGAAUAGGGCCAGCCUCCAGGACGUCAACAGCAACGCACACCACGUGGAAACGGCGCAUGGAGUGCUGCACGUCACCAUGAGGAACGUUGGCAAGGGCAACCGACCCACAAUCCUCACCUACCACGACGUUGGACUGAACCAUCAGUCUUGCUUCAACACUCUGUUCAACUUUGAGGACAUGAAGGAAGUGAUGCAGCAUUUCUCUGUGCUGCAUGUUGACGCUCCUGGACAGCAGGACAACGCUCCAGUCUUCCCCUCUGGGUACCAGUACCCCACCCUGGAAGAGCUGGCCGACAUGCUGCCGCCUGUCCUUUCCAAGCUGCAGGUGAAGAGUGUGAUCGGUAUCGGCGUCGGAGCUGGAGCCUACAUCCUCGCCAAGCUGGCUCUGAACAAGCCCAACUUGGUGGAAGGCUUGAUUCUGAUCAACAUCGACCCGUGUGGCAAAGGCUGGAUGAACUGGGCCGUCUCCAAGCUGAGCAGCUGGACCAGCAGCCUGGUGGACAACAUCAUGGAACACCACUUCACCUCUGACGAGUUACUGGAGAACAAGGACAUCAUUCAGAUGCUGAGACUUCACAUCUCUCAGGACAUUCCUCAGGAGAACCUGGCCUUGUACUUCAGCUCCUACGAGAACCGUGUUGACCUGGAGAUAGAGCGGCCCGUCCCUGGUCUCACUGGAAGCAGCAUCGUCACGCUCAGGUGUCCCGUUCUGCUGGUGGUCGGAGACAUGUCACCUUUUGUGGAUGCCGUGGUGGAUUGUAACUCCAGACUGGAUCCCAGCAAGACCACCUUGCUGAAGAUGGCGGACUGUGGGGGGCUUCCUCAGGUGGUUCAGCCUGGGAAGUUAGCCGAGGCCAUCAAGUACUUCCUCCAGGGAAUGGGAUACAUGCCCGCAGCCGGUAUGACCCGUCUGAUCCGCUCCAGAAGCCGCUCCGCCAGUGGGACCUCGAUCUGAGACCGGCGCCGCAGCGCCACCGACACCCACCAGGGGGCGCCGCUGAAGUCCAGACCAUCCAGACAGCAGUUGCUGCCUUGCGGUUCUGGUUCUGCUCCUCCUCCAGUUGUCAGAGUUCUUCCUGAAAAGUCCAGUUCAGGCUGGACAUCGGACCGGUGCGGUUCUGUUAUCCAGUGGUAACACGUUUCUGUGGAGUUUAGAUGCUGUUGUUCUGUGGUUCUUGUUCUCUUGGAUCAGACAUUUUUCUCUCUUUCUUGUGGUU